GGAGAGCGGCAAAGCCUUUCUGCUCGGGCGGACGGUGGGCUUUACUGCGCACCAGUCGCACCACUACCUUCCUACAUAUCGGAGUAUUUUACACGGAUUCCCUGCUACAGCUGCGCCUUACGCUCGCAACACUAGAUACAUUUUGAGAAGGUUUGACUCAAUUCCUCCUCCCUCCAUUCAGGACUGGGAAAAAACACCCGGGACGAUUUCAUUUCAGCAUGACUACUAGAUGAGAUCGGGCUUUUACCAGCGGACCGCUACUUAGAACAAUCGGAACAGCCUCACUGUGAAGUUAGGAGAUCGGGACUGCGCAGCGUUUGCUGGCCACUGCUCACUUUGGCUUAAAGUUACGGAGGAGAGGAGCGAUGGAGCUCUCCACCGUGCCCGGUUCUGAAUUCGCCGACCUUUACUCGGUGAUCCCGUUCAACGUCACAUUUCAGGAAGACCCGAUGGGGUUCAUGCCUAACGGGAGCAACUACACGGAGCAAAGCCCAGUAAAAAGCGCCACGAGUAUAAUAAUCGCCAUAUCAAUAACGGCUCUGUACUCCGUGAUCUGUGUGGUGGGACUGCUCGGAAACAUUCUGGUGAUGUACGGAGUGGUGAGGUACACAAAAAUGAAAACUGCCACCAACAUCUACAUCUUCAACUUGGCCCUGGCAGAUGCCUUGGCCACCAGUACGCUGCCCUUCCAGAGUGCCAAGUACCUGAUGAACACCUGGCCCUUUGGAAAGUUCCUCUGCAAGGUGGUCAUCGCCAUCGACUACUAUAACAUGUUCACCAGCAUCUUCACUCUAACCAUGAUGAGCGUGGAUCGCUACAUCGCUGUCUGCCACCCCGUGAGGGCUCUCGACUUCCGCACACCCAUCAAGGCAAAGAUCAUCAACGUCUGUGUCUGGAUACUGUCCUCUGCCGUUGGCGUCCCCGUUAUGAUAAUGGCAGUCACCAAAGUAACUGACAAAGGUAAAACUGUCUGUAUGUUGAAGUUCCCAUAUCCAGACUGGUACUGGGACACGGUGACCAAGAUUUGUGUGUUCAUCUUCGCCUUCUUGGUGCCUGUGCUAGUCAUCACCAUCUGCUACGGGCUGAUGAUCCUGCGUUUGAAAAGUGUGCGACUGCUCUCGGGGUCUAAGGAGAAGGACAAGAACCUACGUCGCAUUACCCGCAUGGUGCUGGUGGUCGUGGCUGCCUUCAUUAUUUGCUGGACACCCAUCCACAUUUUCAUCAUUGUCAAGACCCUAGUGGAGAUCGACUCGAAGAACCCCUUCGUGGUCGCCAGCUGGCACCUCUGCAUUGCCUUGGGCUACACUAACAGUAGCCUCAACCCAGUUCUAUAUGCCUUCCUGGAUGAGAACUUCAAGAGGUGCUUCCGGGACUUCUGUCUGCCCUUCCGCUCCCGCAUUGAGCAGAACAGCUUCUCCAGGGCCCGGAACACCACCCGCGAACCUGUUUCCGUCUGCGCCCCGUCGGAGGCUGGGAAGAAGCCAGUAUGACUAGACAUGGACCAGAUGCCCCAUGGUUCCCGCUCUAGGAGGGUUCAGCAAGACCUGCAGUCUGAGAUUACCCAGAUCUCAACCACAGAGUUCUGAUUCUCCUUAAUGGAGUGUCAAAGCACUUGACAGGACUUUGCUGAAAGAUGAUUUACCCCCACCUUCUGCCUGUGACUCUCAUCUCUGCCUUUGACAACAGGGCAGGUUGCAAAGUACAGUAGCAUGUAGCAUUUCCGCAAGUGUGAGAAAACAAUGAGAAGCACACCGCACAAAGAAUAUGCUAAAUAAGCCUGCUUUGAGAUCAACAUUCUUUGCAGACAUGGUGGUGGGGGUUGGAGCGGGAUAUCAGAGGUAAAUGGUCCAAGCAUAAAUGGACAGUUGCGACGCUAAUAUGGGUACCUUGCAGGAAAUGUGCCCAUACAUACAGAUUUCACUCCAAGAUAAGUAAGAGCUAGACUGACAUUCGGUAAUAACUCGCUAAGGUUAACAGGGUAUAAAUGAAUUCAGAUAUAGCUAUAAACAAGCAAGAGUAUACACAUUAUGAUAGCACACCAUAUAUCCACAAUAUUUAUGUCUGGAAAAAAACAUUAUUUGUGGUUUUAAUAAUUAGCUCCGAUCCUUUUUCAUUGGCUCAAUAAUUGCUUAUAGCUUUUUUACUUCAGAUUUUAAUUAGCGUCAAAGAGAGUCUUGACCCGAUGCAAGACACUCCCAAGGCUGAGUGUUGCAUCGUCUGUGUUUCUUAGGCUUAGUAUUUGGUAUGAAUGUAAAACUCUUUCCAAGACUUUAAGACCAACAUGUUUAAAAGUGUUGCUGUACCAUUUGGAUGAUGUAUGUGAAGUGACAUGAAGGUCAUGAAGAAGCCAGACUAGCCCUAGACACCAGCCACUGCCAGUUUAACGCUGCAGUAAUUUGGCAUGGGAUUCUUCAUCAGGAUUUCUAGAACGUACUUAAUUUCUGAAUGACACUACAUGACAGUGCGAACACUUUUACUCAACAACCAGAUCAACAGCAAAGAAUUAAAGAAGACCUUUUAUGUGGAACUAUGGAAGCUAAAAAGUAAACCAUGAUGUCCAGAAGGUCUGAAACACGCAUGACUGAGGACUUAAGAUCUUACAUGACAAGUUAACUUGCUUCAAGAAGCAUCAUCUGAUCUGAUACAAUCCGAAGUACAUCUUUACUUCAUCUUCAAGAUAAAUUUCUGGCAGUCAGACAUAGAUUGCUUUCCUUUCGAAGCCGAUGGUGAGGGAAUGUGCGCUGUCCAGGGCAGGAGAAGACAAUCCAAUCUUACCGUAGUGGAUAUUGGAGCCCUAUUUUACAUUUGCAAGAUGUGCGUUUUUAAAUGCGCCGGAGAUUUUUCAACUGCUUUUCUUAUUGGUGUUUUUGCAAGCUGAAUAAUGCCAUGCACUGUGAACAUUACCCAGUUCUGUUGUCAAGCAGAACAAAAUGCCUCAAAGACCUCAUGCUCAGAUCAUGCUGUUUAUAGGAUACAACAAAGCAUGCUAUUACUGUCUUAUUUCAAGGGAGUGGUUGGACCAUUGACUAAAACUGUUAUCAUUAUAAAAAGAUAUAUGACGCAGGUUCCAUAGUCUAAAGUGAAUUUCUGAAUCCCGUUAGGAAGAAUAUGAAAAACAAGCAGCUAAUAAAUGCUGAGAUUACAGCAAUAGAGAGGCGAGGAGAUGCGUGACUGAUACUGCUGUUAACUGAUGGCAUUUAGUCUUGAGCCCAUUGAGAGUAUUGAGAGUCAUUGGGGAAGCUGAUAGGUUGAUGUGAAUCAACAGGGAUUCUCAGUAAUGCAGGAAUAUAACAGUGAGCAUUCAGCCCCUGACCUCACGCUUGUUGUACAGCUGCCCCGAUACCUUGCAAUACAACACUGGUCACAUUUUAGCAGCGGUUCAGUAGGAAACUUUAGUACCACAUAAAUAGUCUUUUAUUUGACAUGAUGUAAUCUGCCCACUUAAGUGACAAAGGGAGUUUAACAUACUUUAAAAAGUGAAAUGGAAUAAUAGAGGGCAAAUUAUCAAGAAGUCACAAGAAGUCAACUUGUAUUCUUUUGUUGAGAAUAAUACAAAAAUGGGUGGCAAAAAUAAUGUAGUACUGCAAUCAGUGUUAUAUUCAACGAAAGUGGGUAGAAAAUGCUGGGAAUAUUACAGGGAAU